GCUAACUGGCUCUUUCUGUUCUGAAAGGCAUUGCCUCAACACCCAGUUUCCCAGCUCCACUCUUUAAAUUUCUUUUGCCAUUGCUUUCCCCAGGAUUACUGCAUAGCAAGGCUCACAAUGGAUGCUCUACGAUUGGCAAAUUCAGCUUUUGCGGUUGACCUUUUCAAACAGUUGUGUGACAAGGAAACAACUAGCAAUGUCCUUUUUUCUCCAAUAUGUCUUUCUACUUCCCUGUCCCUGGCUCAAAUAGGCACCAAAGGUGAUACAGCAAAUGAAAUCGGAAAGGUCCUUCACUUUGAAAAUGUCAAAGAUGCACCUUUUAGUUUUCAGACAGUGACUUCUGAUGUAAACAAACUUAGUUCUUUCUACUCCUUGAAGCUAAUCAAAAAGCUCUAUGUUGAUAAAUCUCUAAACCCAUGUAUGGAAUUUGUCAGUGCCACCAAAAGGCCCUAUGCAAAUGAAAUGGAAACUGUUGACUUUAAGGAUAAACUGGAAGAAACUAAAGGCCAGAUCAACAAAUCUAUUAAGGACCUUACAGAUGGCCAUUUUGAGAAUUUGUUGACUGAGGACAAUGUAAAUGAUCAAACCAAGAUCCUUGUGGUGAAUGCAGCCUAUUUCAUAGGAAAAUGGAUGAAGAAGUUUCCUGAAUCUGAAACAAAAGAAUGUCCAUUUAGAAUCAACAAGACAGACACCAAACCAGUACAAAUGAUGAAUAUAGAAGCUACGUUUUGUAUGGGCAACAUCAAAGACAUGAACUGCAAGAUCAUAGAACUUCCCUUUCAAAACAAGCACCUAAGCAUGCUCAUUUUACUACCAAAAGAUAUAGAGGAUGAUUCAACUGGAUUGGAAAAGGUUGAGAAAGAGCUCAGCCCUGAGACUCUGCAGGAGUGGACCAAUCCCAGUACGAUGGCUAGCACUAAAGUGAAACUUUCAAUGCCCAAAUUUAAGGUGGAAAAAAUUAUUGACCCUAAAACAGAUCUGGAGAGCCUUGGAAUGAAAAAUGUCUUUGAUGAAAGUACAAGUGAUUUCUCAGGGCUGUCAGAAACUAAGGGAGUGGCUUUGUCUAAUGUCAUCCACAAAGCCUGUUUAGAAAUAACAGAAGAUGGUGGUGAUUCUAUAGAAGUACCAGGAUCUCGAAUCCUGCAACAUAAAGAUGAAUUUAAUGCUGACCAUCCAUUUAUUUAUAUCAUCAGGCACAACAAAACACGCAAUAUCAUUUUCUUUGGAAAAUUCUGUUCUCCUUAAUCAACCCUAUCUCUUUUACAUAGGUACAGGUUUCUAUAAACUUUUCACCCAGAGAAUUACUUUCUAACUUUGGCAUAUUAUUAAUAUUUUUGGAGCAGGGAGCAAUAAAUACUUUUCAUAUUCAGUCAUCACAUAGAAUACCCCUCUUUUUUAAAACUAUUUUUUAUUUCACUCCUUUCUCAAUAAAAAGAGAACAGGGUGAAUUUUUUAGCAAAAAAUAUAAAUAUACAUAUUUAUUUGAUAAUUAUUUUUUUAGGGACUACUCUCAAACAUGUCAGAGAAGUCACCUACAGGGGAUGAGUUUCCACCAUUGGUCUUUCAGAUGCAGCAAAGGCUAGUUCUAGGGGCAGAUUUGGGUGGAGUGAAAGAUUUCAUGUAUUGUGAUUAACUAAUGUUAGUAUAGAGGGCUGGGAAUACAGGGAUCUGUGGCAAACUGUAGAAGCCAUACAAAAUUGAAACUUGACCAAUUUUUAUCAUUAGGUUCAGUUCUGCUUAGUGAUUCUAACUAGAGCAUAAAGCAGUCUGUUUUUGUAGCAGGAGUUAGACUAUAAGCUCUGAUGAGAAGAUCAGAUCUACUCAGAAAGUGAACUCUUUAUUAGAGUGUUAUCUAGUUGGUGCUGUGCACACCAAAAAAUAGCUGUGGAUUCCAGCUAACAAACAAAAUAGUUUUGGACACCUGAUGUCAGGUUCCUUCAAUGCUUGUAAUCACUUGUAAUUAAAAAUAAAAAGACUUUUUGAGAUUGGGAAGAAAAAGGACUGGAAAUUGGUCUCGUCUAGCAUGAUGUUGGGAAAACAAGGGGAACUUGGUAGGUUUUUGCAGAAUAAAACAAAUAAUUAAAGGGCUCUUGACUCUACCAUUUUAUAAUUUUUCUAAUUCAAGGAUCUGAUUUAAUGAAGGUUUAGUUGGGAUUUGGAAUCAAUGGGGUAUUUGUAAAGCAAAUCUGUUAAGUUACUAGAACAAUAUACAUCCAUCUGUUAAUUCUGGACAAAAUAUGAUUUCCUUGACUAAUGGGUUCCUUUGUGAGUGGGAUCCUCUGUUGAGUGUCCUAUAAAUAGGUUUAAUUUUCAUCUCCAUUUUCUUGCUGCAUUUGUUUGGUAUUGAGUUCACCUUAUCCUAUUCAGAAUAAAAAUGUUAUUAAAUUAAAUGUC